AUGCCUCAUUCUGAAGCCGUGCUGCUGCAGCAGCUAUUCAAUUAUGCAAAUCAGACUUCAAAAUCAAUGAAGAACUCAGGUGUUACCGAGGAUACACUAGGGUAUCUUAAUGCAGUAAAAGUUGCAUUUGAAAAUAACAUGAAAAAGUAUGAUCGGUUUUCAGAAGUCCUAAGAGAUUUCAGUGCUAAAAGAAUUAAUACAAGUGGUGUGAUAGAAAAAUUGAAGAGCUUGUUUAAAGAGCAUAACUAUUUAAUUUUGGAAUUCAACACCUUCAUGCCAUCUGAAUAUGAGAUCAAGAGCACUGGAAACAAAUUAAAAGAUAAUGGUCAUCCUGGUCAAGUUCUUCAUUGGGAUGUGCUUGAUAUCAUUUGCAAACGAUUAGAUUUUGAAGACCUCUUAUCGUUUUCUGGUGUUUGCAAGAAUUGGAGGACUUUUCAUAAAUCAAAUUUUUUCUUGUCAGAACCAUUGCUCGUUCGUAUGACUCGUAGUUAUGAUAUAGGUGCUGGUGCUGACUCAUAUUCCUUUAUUAGCAUGCCCAAUCAAAAAGUUUAUGAUUUGAAGAUGAUGAGUAGCUUCCAGUCCUCCGCCUAUCUCUAUGUUAGAUUUUCCAGCGGAUAUUUCAUCUUCUCCCAUAAAAGUAAUUCAUUUGUGCUAUUCAAUCCAUUUAAAAGAAAAAAAAUGGUAAUCAAUGCCCCCUUUACAGUUGAAUAUAUGACUCCUAAUCGGUACGAAUCCUUGCUUGCCUUUGAGAAAUGCUCAGAGGAAUAUGUCUUGGUGGUUUUAUGCAAUGAGUCUAGCCAUUUGUAUGUCUAUCGGUCUCGAGACUGUAGUUGGUUUAUUUAUUCAACAUUUGAAGAGGAGGUGGUGGUCAACUUUGUGGUUUUGAAUAAUAUAAUAUAUCUUGUCACUAACAAUGUCAACAUAGGGGUACUAAACUUGAAUUUUGGAAAUAUUCAAUUUUUAAAUCUCAAGAAUACUCCCAAGAAAGAUCCCUCAAAUUCCUUUAAAUUGGUUAAUUGUGAUGAGCAACUUUUACUGCUUAAUUUAAGAUCCUCCCGCUCACGUAGGGAAGUUUACAAGAUAGACUUGUCCACCAUGAAUUGUGUUAAGAUGAAAAGUUUGGGCGACAUUGCAUUAUUUUAUGUUUCUUGGAAACACUGUCAGGCAUUGAGCAAUCCCGAGAGAUUUGGGUAUGAGAGCAACCAUGUGUAUGAAGCUAAUAGACUAUUUAAUGAAUGUGACAAGUAUGAUUGGAAUGAUGGUCGUCCAUCAACAAUAUACCCACAUCCAGGUCUUCUUAAAGACUUCAUUAUCUUUGAUUGGUGCUUUAGACAUGUAAAAUAUGAAGUAGAUUAUUCUUUAGUUGAAUAG